AUGAGGCACAGGAGCAGCUGCCGGCGGUGUCGCCAGCGGCAUAAACGAUGCUUGACGCACCCUGGAUCCCCACAAUGCAACGAAUGUGAGCAGGCCGGGGAACUGUGCUACUACGAAGUAAAACCCCAAUUCCGCUUCUUCCACCGAUCUUCAUUCCGGCGGAGGCGCUCAAAGCCUCAGAGCAAGGAAGCAUCGCCAUCGCCAGCGCAAGGGAGAAAUUCCUCAUCAAGUCCGAACCAAAUAAUCGACUUUCGGGACUCAUUACCCCAUCAGUCUCCGAAUGUUGGAACUGAGCGAAAUAGCACAAACAAGUCCGCCUCCGGUAGACAAAGACGGGUCAGCUAUGAUGACCUUGCUCACCAUCCCUGGCCGUCGCCAAUGGCUGACCCACUAUCGUUGCAUGAUCCCCAAAUUCCCAGUCCAGAGACCAUUUUCCACGUCACUACGCAGAGUGAUUUUCCAAAUCAGAGUGCCAUAGACUUCACUCACUCUUCGGCCUCUACCUCUCCAGUCUCUCUUGGAAUCCCUCCUCCAUCCUCUCUACCAUUGACUUUCACAGAAAGGGAGGCAUACUUGAUGGGGGUAUACAUACAUCAAGUUUCAUUAUCUCCUGAUUCAUGUGAUGAAGAGCGACAUUUUGCAACCACGGUACCCAAGCUGGCGUUAGAGGAGCCAAUUGUGUUAUACGGCAUUUUCGCACUCGCCAGCCGAUUUGAUGAGAUCCAGACCAAAACUCAGAGCGAUGUCGAAAGCACCCAAUAUCACAAUCAAUGUCUCGAACUAUUGAUCGACGCCCUAUCCAAGCCUCCGGAGACAUACGGGGUGCCGCUCCUUACUGCUGUAGUGCUCUCGAGGCUGUACGAAGAGUUCGAUGUCGGAAAAGACACCCAGUUCUAUCAUUUGAAGGGAACACGGAACCUUCUGGGAUUCAAUGCCAUUACAAAGUCUGCACAGAACGGUGGUCUCGCCGAAGCUGUUUGCUGGCUUCACUUGCACCAGGUCAUUUACAUAUCAAUGGUCCAUAAACAAAAGCCAGAUCUAUAUUUGGAAAUCUUCAAGACGUUUCAGUCUUACGAUGGAAGUAGCGAUAGAUCUCAUGUGAACCGUGCAGUCUAUCUGCUGGCGAGAGUGCUUCGCGAAUUCUUCUCCGGUUCUUCUGAUAUAUCUCAGGUUUGGACUCAGCUAGAAACGGAAUUGGACGACUGGUAUAGGGGGAUUCCGCGAUCAUUCCAAGUCCUCUACGAGGCACCUAUAAAUAUCACAGCUGGCCGGACUUUCCCAUCAAUCUGGAUGCUCUCAAGUCUCCAAGUCAUGGCCCUGGAGUACUACUAUGCAUCGAGAGCGAUAAUAUGUCUGUAUCGGUGCAACUCGGGCGGAGGCCAGGCUUUCGGAUUUGACGCCAUGAAGGCCCGAAAAUCAAACGAGGAAUCUAUUCUCUACUAUCUUCGACGAUCGAUCGGGCUUGCGCGAGGAAAUGAGUAUUUCCCCGGCGCAUAUUACAUGCCAAGCUACGUCCUUUUCCUCUGUAAGAGCCCCCCUUACUGCUUUUGCGAAAUACUCAGCUCACACUACGAAGGCGGGCAUUUAAUACGUGAUCCUACUGAGAGAGACCAGUGUGUUCAAUUCUUGGGUGAUAUGGCAGACCGUGUGCCCCGGGAGAGUUAUAAAUUGAUCCAAACACUACAAAAGGAAUGGGCCGAGCUUGAUGGAUUGGGAAGAUAA